GUCAAAGUCGACCCGCGCAUCUUCAGCAGGUCUGCUGGUUUGGCAACGCGCUCGCAACCAAGGCACGGAGAGGAGUAUGACGACUCCGAGGGAAUGGAGGAAGAGGAUGAAGAUCCAAGGAUGAUCGAUGACUGGGACGUCGCUGCCGCCAACGAAGCGGCCGUGUACGACGGCCUCGAUGACGACUUCUCGCCCGGGGAGGACUGGACCGGCGAGGAGCUACUUGACGAGGAGGAGGAAGAAGAGGAAGAAGAGCUCGACCACGAGGAAGAGUUCGAGAUGGAGGGCGACAUUCUGCAGAGCCCGUUGAGUGCAGCAGGCCCGGCGGACAGCCCGGGUAGCGCCUUGCCAUCGGACUCCACCUUUAUCGGCUUCCCGGUGCCGGCUCCGAGUUCGGAGACUCCGGCCAUGUCCCCCGCUGCCGUGCAGGUGAAUCGCGGUUCUUUCCCCGUCGCCUCGGCGCUGACGCCGCAAAGGCUGACCUUCGCCCCAGUGGCUGCAAAGGCUCAGCCAGCUCCGUUUCCGGUGCCCGUCUGGGCCCAGACGACGACAAUACGGCCAAGGGCGCAGGUGGUGUCGCAACCCGGUGCUGCAAGCGUGCCGGUGCAGUUCAUGCGGCUGAACCCAACGCGACAGUAG